AUGAUUCUGUCUCUGUUGUUCCUUUUUCUGCUAUGCCCAAAAGUGGUAGGAAAGAGGACACAGUAUAAGUGCAGACUUGAACACUACUUCCCAGAAGGAUACUAUAAAGAUGGAGACCUUGUUAUUGGUGCACUUCUAUCACAGUACCUGACAUAUGAUAUAGCAGAGAGCUUUAAGAGACAGCCCCCUCUUGCUUACUCUUUAGACGCCUAUCCCCUGACUCGUAACUAUCAACAUGUCUUGGCUUUGGUCUAUGCCAUAGAGGAGAUUAACAAAAAUCCCAAUCUGCUGCCUAACAUCACUCUGGGAUUUCACAUCCAUGAAAACUAUUUCAGUGAAAGGAAAACAUAUGAAUGUUCCUUAAGUAUACUUUCAGGAAGAGACAGAACAACUCCCAACUAUACCUGCAGGAAGCCCAAGAAGCUCAUUGCUACUAUUGGAGGGUUAAAGUCCAUAUCAACCAUUCAGAUGGCAAAUAUCUUAGGCAUCUACAAAAUACCACAGAUUAGCUAUGGGUCACCUGGUGCUGCCUUCAGCGAUAAAACCCUUUCCCCGUUUUUGUACCACACUGCCCCAAAUGAAGUACUUCAGACCGUAGGAAUAACCAGACUGGUGUUAUACUUUGGCUGGACCUGGAUUGGCGUCAUAGCUUCUGGCAAUGCAGAAGGUGAAAAUUUUAUCCUGAACUUGAAGAAGGAAUUUGUUCAGAAGGGGAUAUGCAUUGCAUUCAUGGAAAUGCUUGCCAAAAGGCCCACUGAUGAGAUAAAAUGGAAAAUAAAAGAGAAAAUGUCCUCCUGCAAUAUCAUUGUUCUCUAUGGAGCUACAGAUUUUCUCAUUUGGGUAAAGAUAUCUCUUGAAAGCUAUGCCAUCUCUGGAAAGGUUUUAAUCACCACCUGCCAAUGGGACUUUCAGUCUAGUGUAACUUCUUUACAUUUGGGAUUUUCUUCAUUCCAUGGUACCUUGUCUUUUACAUUGCAUACAAGUGAAAUAUUGGGAUUUCGAGAGUUUCUUCAGUCCAUAAGGCUUAGCAAAUACCCAGAUGAUAUUUUCAUGAAGUAUUUCUGGAUGGCUGCCUUCCACUGUUUCAUUCCAUCUAUAGAUUCAGGCAGCAUGUUCUGGCCACUGUGUACAGGAAAUGAGAGGAUGCAAGAUUUGCCUAGCUUUAAACUGGAGUUUCAAACAUUGGGCUUGAGCUACAAUAUCUACAAAGCAGUUUAUGCUAUUGCAAGAGCUUUACAUGAAGCACAUUCAUCCAGAUACAUCUUGAAGCAUCUGGAUGAUAGCCCAAGACACAUGAUGUACAGUAUUAAACCUUGGAAGGUUCCACAAUCUACAUGCACUAAGAGCUGUCUUCCAGGGUACCAAAAGAUCACCAUAGAAGGGAAACCAGUCUGUUGCUUUGCUUGUUUUCCAUGCCCAGAAGGAAGAUUUUCAAAUCACAAAGAUGCAGAUCACUGUGAGAAAUGUCUGGAAGAUCAGUAUCCAAAUCCCAGUAAAGACAACUGUAUUCCAAAGCCUAUCAUAUUCUUGUCCUUUCGUGAACCUUUGGGGAUUGGUAUAUCUUCUGUAGCUGGGUCCCUUUUUCUAAUCACAGCUUUGGUAUUAGGCACGUUUGUUAAGUAUCAUGACACUCCCAUCGUCAAAGCCAGUAACCGGAAUCUUACCUACAUUCUCCUCAUAUCACUGAUGCUCUGCUUCCUGUGCUCCUUGCUAUUCGUUGGCCAGCCUGGGUCAGUGACUUGCCUUCUCCGACAAACUGCUUUUGGAAUCAUCUUCUCUGCCUCUGUCUCUUGUGUGCUGGCCAAGACUGUCACUGUGGUUCUGGCUUUCAUGGUCACCAAGCCUGGAAACAGGGUGCGGAAAUUGGUUGGAAUAAAAUUGACAAGCUCCAUCAUUAUUUCCUGUACCGUUACUCAAGUUGUCAUUUGUAUCAUCUGGCUUGGGUCUUCUCCUCCAUUUCCUGAUUUUGACAUGAAAUCUGAGGCCAACCACAUAAUUCUUAAAUGUAAUGAAGGGGCCACCCCCAUGUUCUACAUUGUCCUUGGUUACAUGGGGUUUCUCGCUAUUGUCAGCUUUACUAUGGCCUUUCUAGCCAGGAGGCUGCCUGAUGCUUUCAAUGAAGCCAAGUUUAUAACCUUCAGUAUGCUGAUGUUUUGCAGUGUGUGGAUAUCAUUUAUUCCCACCUACCUAAGCACCAGUGGGAAAUACAUGGUGGCUGUAGAAGUCUUCUCUAUUUUAGCCUCCAGUGCUGCCUUGCUCGGUUGCAUCUUUUCCCCCAAAUGUUAUGUCAUUGUAGUGAGGCCUGACAGGAACACAAGAAAUAAGCUACUAAAGAAAGUGAAUUCAGGUAUAAAGAAGUUGUGA